AUGGCGUCGGGACGUAAGCAUACAAAGCGUUCUUCAAAUCUGUCUAUUGAUUAUGAACAGCUGAACGAAUUGUCAUCAGUAACUUUGUAUGAUGGCGUACCUAAAGGAAAACGCUGUCGUCUACAUGAAGUUGAACGAAUACUUACACGCAGAAAAAUACGACACGUAAGUGCUAAACAUCAUGAACUGAAUUUUUAAAAUGAAAUAUAUUGCUUUUUUAUACUAUGGUCUAUGGCAGUGAUAGCACUCUAGCCAGAGUGCAAACAAAGCUAUUAUAGCAUAAUUUUUACAAUUUGAUAUAGCACUCAUCCUUUUGUCCACACACAGGGUCACGAAUAUCUUCUGAAAUGGAAGGGAUGGCCAUUCCACUAUUGCUCCUGGGAGCCAUCUGAGCAUUUGACCCCAAGUCUUUUGAGGUGGGUACUUUGGAAUUUUUGGUAAUUUAUAGAUAUUUGUGUAGGAUUAUUGGAAUCCGGUUUAAUGAUUAAUGUAGUUUUAUUUUAUAUUUGUCAUGUAUGAUAGGAGUUACUUGAAGCCACCCAAACCUGACACUGCUAGGCUAGAAACUGCAAGCCGUGAUUUUCUAAUUGGCAUUCAGACAUUCUUGAAAGGAAAGUCAAUGGCACCCGCAUCCAUCAAUAUGCAUCUCGAUGUGUGGCGUUUCAUAACGUCCAACAGAGGCAUACCAUCACAGCAUAAAGGUUGCACAUUGUACCAAAAGGAAGACUUCAAACGUUUUGAGACUUUACCAACUGAUUGGUACUACCUUCUAAAUGAAUUUGGGGAAGGCAAAGCUAUUGAUUUCCCAAUCAAAGCAAGAUACCGUAUAAAGAAGUUUCGUGGUCUAAAUUAA